CUCGGGCGUAGUAACAAGACUGCCCAGGUGAGGCAGUUGUCACAUGCUUGCGUGGCAGGCAGAGUCGUUAUAUCAAGACGCCGCUGCUCUGCUUUGCUUCUUGUCUCUGAUGUAGAUCGCUCUCAAACUAAUUUCUCACUACACAUCUGAUUCAAUUUGUACUGUAUAACCAUCAUCAUUAUGUCCGGACCUUAUGACAACCGUGGUGGCUACGGCCAAGAUUACAAUCAGCAGCAGGGCCAGUAUGGCGGCCAGCAAUACGGCCAGCAGCAAGGAUAUGGUGGACAGCAGUAUGGACAACAACAGGGUGGCUACGGAGGACCGCCGCAUCAGGGUGGUUUCGAGCAUGGCCAGCAGAACCAAGGCUAUGGUGGAUCCAAUGACUACGGUAGCGGCCAGAACCAACAAUACGGACAAGACCAGCAGUACGGUCAAAAUCAGCAGUACGGACAGAGUCAACAGUACGGGCAGAACCAGCAAUACGGUCAGAAUCAGCAAUACGGCCAGCAGCAGCACGGCCAAAGUGGGCCCAAUGGAAGCGACCCGAGCAACCCAUAUGGAUAUCAGCGCGACCCUGCGGACCCCAACAACCCGCAGGAAGGUGAACGCGGCUUCAUGGGCGCCGUGGCUGGUGGCGUAGGCGGAGCUUUCCUCGGUAACAAGGCCGGCCACGGAAUUAUCGGCGCACUUGCGGGCGCAUUUCUGGGAAGCAAGGCCGAAGACAAGUGGAAGGAAUCUCGUCACGAUAACAAUAAUGGCGGCGGCCGGUGGUAAGCAGGCGCGCAAAAUCGGACAGGACUGCGUCACAAAUUAUCACGGCCGAGUUAUUGAUUGGAAUUGAUCAAUAUUGUUAGUAGAAACGCCGCAAGUGUAUGAUCAAAAUUGCUUCUUGACUUUGUCCCUUCUGAACCUCACGAUGUUGGAAGCC